AUGUAUAGAAUAAGAAGCCCCUAUGUUGGGUUAACCUCCCAAUCUUGUUUAUGUUCAUGUUUCAAUAUGCAGUACUUCACAACAUCUUAUGGAAUUUUAAAAAUUAUUCAAAUGAUAUUGGGGUCCAUUUGUCAAAGCAUAUUGAUGUUCUAUGGGACGAAGUACAUUCCAACAUUUGGAACAUCUUAUGAAUCAUUUCUUACAACUGUUGCUGGAUGUUUAAUGACAACAACAGUCAUUAGUGUAUCUUAUUUGUUAUCAAAAAAUACCGAAGUACUUGUUAGAUCAUCACUUUUUGAAAUAAUUUUUGGAAUUUUUGCAUCAAUCUGUUAUUUGAGUUCUUCGUCAUUAUUAACAAUAGCAGUCUAUACAUUGUUAUAUCCAAUUAUUAUGACUAUACCAUUUACCUCAAUAUUUUCAGCAGUAAUAUUGGCUUACACAUUAGGAUUUAUUCUUGGAGUUAUAUACGCAAUUGAUGCUUAUUGGGCAUUUAAAUACUACAAAGGAUUUUCAUAA